ACCAAGUUGUCUCAAUAGGUCCUAAUCUUCAUGUUGUCAUGUUCGCAGGUGCUGCUGGACGGCAACCACUGGUCGUGCGACCGCUGCCACCUGCCGCCGCUGCUGAGCCGCGUGGCCCGCAGCGCCCCCGAGUCGCCCUGGCGCCGCCUGCGCUGCGACGCGCCGCGCUCGCUGGCCGGCGAGCCGCUCGAGGGCCUGUCGCUGGCGUCGCUGGCGUGGUGCUCGGGCGGCAUGGGCGUCGGCCCGGACUCGCCGCGCUCCCUGCUCUCGGCCGACUCGCAGCUCGGCGUCAUCGCCGCGGCCGCGGCCGUCGCCGUGCUCAUCCUGGUCGGCGCCGCCCUCCUCUGCGUCGUGGCGUACACCAAGAGCCACGCCGACUACUACUACACACAUGAGGACAAGCUGGGCCCGGAGCGGGAGGCGAUAUUCGAGAACAUGGGCGUUAUCGACGACCGAGGGGAGUGCAAGAAGACGCCGAAGAGGGUCACAAUCGCCACCAUCGACGAGCUGACCAAGGACCCGGAGCUGCACGGGCUGACCAACGGUGCCUAGUGCGCGGCGGGUGCGUCCGCGCGGGGGGCCGACGAGGCCCUCCUGCUCGAGUGCGCGCUGUCCUUCCCGUCCUGGUCCUUCCCGGCCGAGCGGAGCCGACAGCCCUCGCCCGAGCGUCUCGGACGCACCUCGCCCUCGCCGCCGCCGCCGCCGCCACCCCUGGCAUUCACGGUGUCGAUGUAGGAGGAGAAGGGCAGCGGGUCGGCCCGGCCGCGCCAGAAGAGACGCCAGAGAGGUGCUGAAAGGUUACCUCCCUGGCGGACCACGCCCCUCUUCUGCAUGCCGCCGCCUCGGCCCGCCGCGACCCGGCCGCGCCGUCUGUCAGUUAGCUGUCGCUGACCUGAGCUGACAUUAUUAACUGCGCUGACAGGACGGCCACCUCUGACGGGCGACCGAUUCACGGAUCGAAGCAGGCAAAGCAUGCCUGCCUGUGCCAUCAGUUACCACUCCAUGAAUAAGUUAAAUGGUAUUUAAAUAAGUUUAUAUGAACAUUUUUUAUGUUGUUGUUUUUUAUUAUCAUUGUUCCGUGUCAGAGACAUGAGUGGUAGACCACCACUUGUGUUUGUAUCUGACUGGGUUGAAUGUAAAAUUUUAUUUAUUGCUGGCAAAAUUUAUGUCGUCUUUCACGUGUGUUGUCGUAUUCUUUGUAAAAUUUGUAUGUUUUUUGUAUCAUUGUUUAGACUAGAUCAUUAGCUGUAAGGAAAAAUGAGUGAAGAACUAGUGUCUUGUAGAAAUUAUUUAAAUCAUCAAUAGUGCUGUAUAUAAUAAGUUCCUGAUAUGGUGUAAGGAUUUACUAGGAAUAUUUUUCCUAAAUUAAUGAAAAGGUGCUGAAAACUUAGUUAAGUAUUUAUUCCUGUGAAGACUUUAAUUUGUUUUAUUUGUAACAGUUUUCAAAAAAUCACCUUUUUACUCACUUGUUUACUCAACUUUGUUAAAUUGUCUCUCCUAGAGAGAAGAACCUACAUUUUAUUGUACUUGAUCAACCACAUAAGUCUGCUCAUAUUAUGUGACUGAAGUUUGUCUGACUAGAACUUGUAUUUUGAAAUCAGAACAUAUCCUCGAAAGUAAACUUUCAAUUGCUGCAAUUUGCCCAGCCACUAAAAAUUCAUCCCGCCAAUUUUUUUCCUUCUAUCAAAUUAAGAAAUUUGUGAGUCAAUUUUGUUUCUCAUUCAAACCUCUCUAGUUUUAAGUCAAUAGCAAAGCUAUACUGUACAUUGCCUUUUUGUAUGAAAAUUUGUUUAUUGAGUUAGAUUUGCUACUAUAUUGUUGCUUAUAAUGCGUACAGUUUGUGACCAAAGAAAUGAAAAUGGUUUCUGAUGGGAUGAGAAAUGUGAAGACAGGAAAGUCUUAUGUAUAUUUUGCAUCAUUUUCCUUUGUGUAAUUUAUGUUCAUUCCUUCGGGGACCAAUUUAAUGUAAAUAAUCAGUUUCUAGAAAAUUAUAAACAAA